UGUUGUUCGUUUUCUUUUAUUGGUUUCUUUGAUUUGUCGUCCGUUUCCUUGGUCACAACAAAGAGAUGACACCAAAAGGGUUUGCCUUUGGCCUGCUUCUGCUGCUGCUGUGUGUCAGCCAUCACAUCCAGUUGGCACAGGCAGACGAUGCUUGUACCGCGUGCGGUUGCUCGGGAACUGCUGUCGAUUGCAGUUAUAGAACUCUCUCAGCCAUUCCAAGCGGAAUCCCAGUCACCACAACGCAGCUGUCUCUGCAGGGCAACCAACUCACCAGCAUUUCUGCAGACGCAUUCACUGGCCUCACUGCUCUGAGUUACCUGUAUUUGCAAACCAACCAGAUCACCAGCAUUUCGGCAAGCACAUUCACAACCCUGUCCGCGCUGACCGUCUUAUAUUUAAACAACAACUUGAUGACCAGCAUUCCUGUCAACGCAUUCGCAAACCUGACUGCGCUGAAAUACCUGUAUCUUUCCAGUAACCUGCUCACGAGUAUUUCUGCAGCCGCACUCACAGGCCUGAGCGCACUGACACAGUUAUAUCUGCUUAACAACCAGAUCACCAGCAUUCCCACCCAAGCAUUUCCAGGCCUGACCGCGCUGACCUACCUGGCUCUGGACAACAACCAGAUCGCCAACAUCUCUGCAAACGCAUUCACAGGCCUGACUGCAUUGACCCGAUUGGCUUUGGAUGGCAAUCCCUUCACGACUUUGCCGCCCGGUCUGUUUAAGGGCUUGGCGUAUGGCUUGUAUUUGUCCGCUUCGUACCAAUAUCUGAGCCCCAAUAACUUUACCUUUGACGGGAACACUGUUGCUCCGCCCAGCACAUACGGGAGUGCAUCCCAUCCAUACCCUUGUGAUCCAGCCUGCGCCACCUGCUACGCUUUGGGGUCCGGAUCAUGUUGCGGCACCAAUUGCCUGACCUGCAGUUCCUCGGCUGUGUGCACUCUGUGCUACGAGGGUUAUUUUUCGAUGGGCAGCUACUGCCUUGCAUCAGCUGCGACCAACGCAUCGAUUACCUCCGUUGCUUCAGUCGCUUCUGUUGCUUCUGUUUCAGCGUCUUCUGCGUCAAUUGCCUCACAAGUGUCCGCAUCUGCCACUUCAGUAGUUAAUGCUUGUGGCAUCGGUGGUUUGUGCAUUUGCUCGGAUACAACUGUCGUUUGCAAUGGCAGAUCUCUCUCCGCCAUCCCAAGCGGAAUUCCAAUCAACACGACAAUCCUGUACCUGCAGAGCAACCAGAUCACCAGCAUUUCCGAAAACGCAUUGACAGGCCUCACUGCACUGACUUCGCUAGAUCUGUCGGCCAACCAGAUCACCAGCAUUUCUGAAAACGCAUUCGCAAGCUUGACUGCGCUGACAGUACUGGAUCUAUCCAACAACCAGAUUGCCAGCAUUUCUGCAACUGCAUUCGCCGGCCUGACUGCGCUGACAGGCUUGGGGCUAAAUAUCAACCAGUUCACCAGUAUUCCCACCUCUGCACUUACAGGCCUCACCGCGCUGACUUUCUUACGAAUUGAUUAUAACCAGAUCACCAAUAUUUCAGCAAACGCACUAGCAGGCCUGAAUGCGCUGACUUUCUUGAAUAUGGCUAACAACCAGCUCCGCAGUAUUCCUUCCUCUGCAUUCACCAGCCUGACUGCGCUGACCGUCUUGAAUCUGGGCGACAACCAGCUCCGCAGUGUUCCUUCCUCUGCAUUCACAGGCCUGACUACGCUGAUGGGAUUGGGUCUGCACAAUAACCAGAUUACUAGCAUUUCUGCAAGCGAAUUUACAAGCUUGACUGCGCUGACACAGUUACAUCUACACAACAACCAGAUCACUAGCAUUUCUGCAAACGCAUUCACAGGCCUGACUGCAUUGACCCGAUUAACUUUGGAUGGAAAUCCCUUCACUACUCUGCCGCCCGGUCUAUUUUCGGGCUUGCAAAAUGGCAUGUACUUGACGCCUUCAUCCCUAGUGUUGAGCCCCAACAACUUUACCUUUAGUGGGAACACUGUCGCUCCGCCAAGCACAUACGGCAGUGCAUCUGAACCAUACCAGUGCGAUACAGCGUGUGCCACCUGUUAUGCCGCAGGAUCCGGGUCGUGUUGCGCGAUUAAUUGCCUGACCUGCACUUCAAACGAUCCCUGCACUCAGUGUUAUGAUGGUCAUGUUAUGAUGAGUGGCUUCUGCCUCGCAUCUGCUGCGACAAGUGCAUUUAUGGCAUCCGUUGCAUCGGUUGUUUCCGUCGCUUCAGUCGCUUCAGUCGCUUCCGUUGCUUCUGCUUCAGCGUCCGCAUCUGCCACUUCAGCAGUUAAUGCUUGUGGCAUCGGUGGUUUGUGCAUUUGCUCGGAUACAACUGUCGAUUGCAAUGGCCGAUCUCUCUCCGCCAUCCCAAGCGGAAUUCCAAUCAACACGACAAUCCUGUAUCUGAACCUGAACCAGAUCACCAGCAUUUCCGCAAACGCAUUGACAGGCCUCACUGCGCUGACUUGGCUAUAUCUGCAAAGCAACCAGAUUACCAGUAUUUCUGCAAACGCAUUUACAGGCUUGGCCGCGCUGAAUAGAUUGGAUCUAUCCUCCAACCAGAUUGCCAGCAUUUCAGCAAACGUUUUUGCAGGCCUAUCUGCGCUGACAGGAGUGGUGCUAUCUGGCAACCAGUUCACCAGUAUGCCCACCUCUGCACUCGCAGGCCUGCCUAUGCUGAAAUCCGUAUCACUGUCCAACAACCAAAUCACCAGCAUUCCCGCCACUGCGUUCGCAGGCCUAACUGCGCUGAUAGGAGUGAAUCUGGCCGGCAACCAGCUCCGCAGUAUCCCAACCUCUGCAUUCACAGGCCUGACUGCGCUGAUACAAUUGGUUCUGCCCAACAACCAGAUUACUAGCAUUUCUGCGAACGCAUUCGCAGGCCUGAGCGCGCUGACUCUCUUACAUCUAUACAACAACCAGAUCACCAGCAUUUCUGCAAACGCAUUCUCAGGUCUUACUGCGAUGACUGCCUUAGCUUUGAAUGACAAUCCCCUCACCACUCUGCCGCCCGGUCUGUUUACGGGCUUGCAAAAUGGUAUGUAUUUGGCGCUGAGUGUGUCCUAUUCUCUGAGGCCCAACAACUUUACCUUUGACGGGAAUACUGUCGCUCCGCCCAGCACAUACGGCAGUGCAUCUGAACCAUACAAGUGCGAUACAGCCUGUGCUACCUGCUAUGCCGCAGGGUCUAGUUCUUGUUGCGGAAUCAAUUGCCUGACCUGCACUUCAGACAAUCCCUGCACUCAGUGUUAUGAUGGUCAUGUUAUGAUGAGUGGGUUCUGCGUUUCGUUCGCCUCCAUCGCUUCUGCUCGGACUGCAUCUGCUGCGUCAACCGCAUCGGCGUCCGCUGCAUCAGUUGCAUCUUCCAUUGCACAACGUGGCGGUGGCGACUCUCAAGAGUCAUCUUCAUCUGCAACAGCUGCCAUCGCAGCUGCUGUAGCUUCUGUUGCGGUUAUUGCGAUUAUUGCAGUGGUAUUCAUCGUGUGGCGACGCCGGCGCUCGCCGCGACGCUCAGCUGCGCGAUCGAAAAACUCUGCCGGUCCCAUCUACCAAGAGGCUGUUGAGAUGACAAUCUCUCCUCUAACCCGUGCGACCGGAUCUCAAAAAGAAGAGGACAUCGCAGCUUACGCCGUGGUCGGUCAAAAGCAGCCAGAGCCGUUGUACCAAGCCAUCUCGACGACUAGUACCUCUGCAGAGGUGGUCUACGACUAUGCAAGCGCGUAUGUAGCAGGCAGCAACUCGCGCCGCGUUCGCGAAGGCUUGAGCAUUGUGAAGCACCUUGCCAGUGGGAACUUUGGCGAUGUAGCCCUGGGUCAAGUGCCGUUCAGCAAGCUGCCUCCACGAGCUCAAGCUUUGCUCGGACCGACGGCGUCCGAAACGGUGCAAGUUGCAGUCAAGUCUCUCAAGUCGAACGCGGAUGAAAAGUCCCGCAAAGACUUUGAAAGCGAGGCGAAACUGAUGGCGCCGUUCGUGCAUCCGAAUGUUGUGCGCCUGCUAGCGGCUUUGGUCGAGUCAGAGCCUCAUCUCGUUCUGCUCGAGUUUGUGCAGUAUGGCGAUUUGCGUACGAUGCUUCAAAAGUCCAAGCUCCACUCGCUUUGGUGGACGCAGAACGAGCAGAUCCACGCCAUUCGCCAGAUUGCACUUGGCAUGGAGUAUCUGGGCACGCUCCACUUUGUGCAUCGUGACCUUGCGGCGCGCAACUGCCUCGUGGGGCAAGGAAUGGUGGUCAAGAUUGCCGAUUUCGGGCUUUCUCGCGAGUUGGCCUCUGAUAACGAUUACUAUCGCAUGCAAACGCGCGGCAAGCUUCCAGUGAAGUGGAUGGCACCGGAAACAAUGACCUUCCGCAAGUUCACUUUCAUGUCGGACGUGUGGUCAUUUGGCGUAACAGCCUGGGAAUGCUGCAGUUACGGCGCAACACCGUACGGCAAGAUGGAUGGGCGAGACACUUUGGCUCAUGUGGAGGCUGGCGGCCGACUGCCCAUGCCACAGACCUGCAAGCCCGAGCUCUACACCAUCAUGGUGGGUUGCUGGGAUAUAUCGCCAGAGAAGCGCCCGACAUUUGCUCAGCUCGUCAAGGGGCUGGCAUCGCUUCAGGAUGGGACGACCGUCCGCGAAAUUGGUGCAAUGCUGUGAACAACAUCCGCCUGCUUUCCGGCUGUUAUUGCGAACUUGAGAGUUCCGCUGGAAGAUUCGUCGGCUGGCGCAUUCUGCGUUUUUGAAUACACGCAUAAUUUUGAUGGAUUACAAAUUAUAGUGUUGUGUGUGCAUGCCCGACGUCGCUAUUUCAUUCUUCCUGUAAUUUCAAUGUACAUUCUGAAA